AUGCCGGAAUCAACAUCAAUGACCCCAAAACAAACAGGCUUACCAAUUUCACCAUUUGUUGCUGCCGAUUCUCAUGCAUCAACUCCACCUUGGGUUUUAGAUUCUUUUUCUAUGAGUUUAAAUAACGACAACGACAACCAUGACGAAGUUGAUGAAAAUGUUAUUUUUCAAUUGAGAAAACAAUUAGAAACACCACCACAAAUGCCGGAAUCAACAUCAAUGACCCCAAAACAAACAGGCUUACCAAUUUCACCAUUUGUUGCUGCCGAUUCUCAUGCAUCAACUCCACCUUGGGUUUUAGAUUCUUUUUCUAUGAGUUUAAAUAACGACAACGACAACCAUGACGAAGUUGAUGAAAAUAUUAUGAUGGCAAUAAGUUAUAGGUAUCAUAAGCUUGGUUGUGCUUAUUACAAUGAUGCUGCAUCGAAAUUAUAUUUAAUGGAAGAUAUGGAUGAAUCUCCACCGCAUCCUUUACAAGAACUUUGUGUUGAAGUAUUCGUAGCAAACGAUACAUUUAUUGAGGGCGGUCACGGGACUUUAAUUGAUGACGACUAUCAAGAUACAACGAUGACGAAUAUGAAUACGAAUGGUCUAUAUGAAUCUUCUAAAUCUAAUAAUAAUAGUGUUAUAUUACUUAGCGGUGCAAAUUUUUCUGGUAAAAGUGUUUAUUUAAAACAAGUUGCUUUAAUCACUUAUAUGGCUCAUAUUGGAAGUUUCGUGCCGGCAGAAUCUGCUAUAAUUGGAUUAACGGAUAAAAUUUUUACUAGAAUACAAACUCGAGAAACAAUAUCAAAGAUUCAAAGCGCUUUUAUGAUUGAUCUUCAACAAGUUUCAUUUGCUCUUCGAAAUUCAACUUCAAAAUCAUUAUUAAUAAUCGACGAAUUUGGAAAAGGAACUGGUUCCACCGAAUAA